AUGGACGACAUCAUAACCGGGUCGGAUGAUGUCGAAACAACGAUUGAACUGCGGAAACAGUUGGAUGGCUUGACGAGCAGUGGUGGUUUUCCCCUUCGGAAAUGGGCAUCCAAUAAAAUCGAAGUUUUGCGAGGCGUUCCAAUUGAACACUGUGCCUUUCCCCAAGCAGAAGGCAUCACAUGGGACAACGAUACGAUGGCAAAACCAAAACGCAUACAUCAGCAAUUGGGGCAGUUACCCUCAGCCAGAGUUACGGUUUCAAAACCAUUUGCGAAGGUGGGGAUCGAUUAUUUUGGACCAGUAUACAUCAGCGCAGGUCGACGUAAAGCAGCUUUGAAGACGUAUGUGGCGGUAUUUGUGUGUAUGUGUACCAAGGCAGUACACUUCGAACAUGUUGCUGAUUUAUCAACUGAGAGGUUCCUACAAGCUUUACGAAGAUUUCUGGGACGUCGAGGCCGAAUAACAGACAUCUACUCGGAUAACGGAACCAAUUUCGUAGGAGCGAGGAAUCAACUACGUGAAUUAUUCCAACUGCUCAAGGAUCCAGCGCAUCGGGAGAAGGUGUCACGGUUCUGCACUGAUGAGGAAAUACGAUGGCACUUCAAUCCCCCAGGAGCACCACAUUUCGGCGGUUUGUGGGAGGCCGCAGUCCGUUCAGCGAAAUUUCUCGGUGGGCAGCCGGUAGGAGCAGAGGAUUUUUCGACGUUGCUGGUGCAGGUCGAGGCUUGCCUCAAUUCACGUCCGCUAACACACCUGAGUGAUGAUCCGCUGGAUUUUGCACCUUUAACAGCCGGACACUUCUUAACAGGGGAAUCGUUACAGGCUUUACCAGAAGAAGAUCUUACUGAGAUUCCAAUUAAUCGCUUAGACCGUUGGCAGCUGAUUCAGAGGAAAUUCCAAGACCUCUGGCGUCGUUGGCACAAGGAGUACAUUUCGCAAAUGCAAGCUAAAUCAAAACAUUGGAUCCCAGAGACUAAAAUAGUAGUAGGGCGCUUAGUACUCAUCGCUGAUGAGAACCAACCUCCCAUGAGAUGGCGAUUAGGGAGGAUUACGGCAGUGUUCCCAGGAAAGGAUGGUGUAACCAGAGUAGCAGAAUUGAAAACGGCCACUGGAAUGCUUACACGACCGGUAGUCAAGCUUUGUUUUCUACCAAUCAACGAAGAACCAGUCGCUUCUGAGGAGAAUGUUCGAUAA